AUGGUGUACAAUUCGUUGACUGAGGUUCCUCGCAACCUCAAGGAGGGUAUUGACUGGUUGAUGGCCGUGAAGGGAACCGAUGCCGAAACCAACUUGAAGGCUAUGGGCGAGGCAAUAUACAACUUUCUCGUAGACAAGCCUCUCGGUUUGAAGAAAUUGCCAGCUCUAGAGAAUGUUAAAAAAAUUUCUAAGGAGUUCAUGGGACAAAAGGAACUUAAGAACCACCCGUCUGUAAGUACGCUGCUCGAUAGAUUCGAUCAGCCCAUGAAUAAAUCUAAGACAGCAGUAUUCUUUAAGUUCCCCUGGGUUAGGCAUGAAAGCGAUUAUGAGAACAUCUUAAAGAGCCAAGGCCUCAAACCCGAUGACAUGGUAAAUGAGGUAGCUCAUGUUAUGGAUGGUUGUGAAAAGUUCCUGGAGAAAAUCAAAGUCCCUGGCCAGUAUAAGUCUGUUUACAGUGGAGAGGCUACGUGGGAAUCUUCAUGCGCGAAGAACCCGGAAGCUUGCGCAGUCGUCCUCGUGGGUAUUGCGCCAAUGUUAUACUCAGGCCUGCGGUCUUUGAAGGAUGCGACCGAGGCUGCCACCCGCUACGGGAAGAUUCCUAAGGCGGAGAAGCGUUUGGGAAGCUUGUUGAAAGCCGUGGGCUACGACGAGCCGGAAUGCCGCCCUGGCAUGAGUGGUUCAGAUAUCCUCAAGGCGUUGGACGGUGUCGAUGUAGACAUAUUGAUCACACUCUACGACAUCGCUGGUUUCUGGGCAUUCUAUUGA